AUGGCCGGUGCUCUCCAGAACGCAAGGCGCGACCUCCCAAAGAUCCAAGAUGAAGACCGCGAAUCUCGCUUUGGUCAAGUGUACGGCGUUUCAGGGCCUGUCGUCAUCGCAGAGAACAUGACUGGAGCUGCUAUGUACGAGCUUGUUCGCGUCGGCCAUGACGAGCUCGUCGGAGAGGUCAUUCGAAUAGAGGCAGAUAAAGUAACGAUUCAGGUGUAUGAGGAGACGUCUGGUGUGACCGUCGGCGACCCUGUCCUAAGGACGGGCAAACCCCUUAGUGUUGAGUUGGGUCCAGGUCUGAUGGGUAAUAUUGUCGAUGGUAUUCAGAGACCACUCCGAUCUAUCCAGGAACUGUCCAAAUCGAUCUACAUCCCUCGCGGUAUCAACACAGAGGCACUGGAUCGCUCGAUAUCUUGGGAUUUCACCCCUACCGCAUACAAGGUCGGUGACCACAUAUCAGGGGGUGAUAUCUUCGGCGCCGUGUACGAGAACUCGCUCGUCGACAACCACAAGAUCAUGCUUCCUCCCCGUGCUCUCGGUACCAUCACCCGCAUCGCGGAAAAGGGUAGCUAUACAGUUGAUGACAUCGUAUUAGAGACCGAGUUCGAGGGUCGGACAACAAAGCACACCAUGAUGCAGUUGUGGCCGGUCCGUGCACCUCGACCCGUUGCCGAGAAACAAACCGCCGAUUUCCCCUUGUUGACUGGUCAACGUAUCCUGGACGCACUUUUUCCAUGCGUGCAAGGUGGCACUACUGCCAUCCCCGGUGCUUUCGGUUGCGGAAAGACCGUCAUCUCGCAAGCGCUCUCCAAGUUCUCGAAUAGCGAUAUCAUUAUCUACGUCGGAUGUGGUGAGCGAGGUAAUGAGAUGGCUGAAGUGUUGAUGGAGUUCCCCGAACUUACAAUGGAGGUUGGCUCUCGCCAAGAACCCAUUAUGAAGCGUACUACGCUCGUUGCUAACACUUCCAAUAUGCCAGUCGCAGCUCGCGAGGCAUCAAUUUACACCGGUAUCACACUCUCAGAAUACUUCCGGGACCAGGGUUCGAACGUCGCAAUGAUGGCAGACUCAACGUCGCGUUGGGCUGAGGCGCUACGUGAGAUUUCGGGUCGCCUGGCAGAGAUGCCGGCUGAUUCAGGAUAUCCUGCCUACCUUGGGACCAAGCUGGCGAGCUUCUACGAGCGCGCCGGGAAAGUGAAGUGUUUGGGUAGCCCAGUGAGGCAGGGAACAGUAUCGAUUGUUGGGGCUGUGUCUCCACCGGGUGGUGACUUCUCGGAUCCCGUCACAUCCGCCACACUUAGUAUCGUGCAAGUCUUUUGGGGUCUCGACAAGAAGCUCGCGCAGCGCAAGCAUUUCCCGUCUGUUAACUGGAACUUGUCGUACUCCAAGUACACGAAAGUGCUUGAGCCUUACUAUGAGUCCAACUCACAAGGCUUCGUGUCUUUACGCAUGAAAACGAAGGAGAUCCUGCAGAAGGAGGAGGAUCUCGCUGAGAUUGUACAACUUGUCGGGAAAAGCGCGCUGGGAGAAUCGGAUAAAAUUACGCUGGAGGUUGCGCGGAUGCUCAAGGACGACUUCCUGCAACAGAACGGCAUGAGCGAGUAUGACCGCUACUGUCCAUUCUACAAGACUGCAGGAAUGUUGAAGAAUUUCGUGGCAUUCCACGAUUCAGCGCUGAGAGCGGUGGCACAAGGCGAUCUGACGUUCGCGAGAAUCAAGGAUGCUGCGAGUGAUCUCAUGUUUAAACUCUCGCAAAUGAAAUUCGAGUCUCCGUCGCAAGGACAGGAACCUAUCAUGCAGAAGCUGGACGCGCUGCACACAGAAAUCCAGGACAAAUUCCGCCAGAUGGUGGAGUAG